CUCUCACUAGUGAAGUAUGUUCAGAGCGAUAGCCUUCAAGGAGCCCUCAGAGAAAACACAACCAGCCAGGAGCUCUGUGGUUGGAUUUCUGGGAAGCAAAGAACUAAAGGAGAAACUUUGACUGAAAAAAGUGAAGUUAACUUUUUUUGGGACGACAUGGCACUUCGACAGAACUCUGAAAACGAGCCAAGCAUCGAGUUGUUCAUUAAGGCUGGACACGAUGGUGAGAACGUGGGGAACUGCCCCUUCUGUCAGAGGCUCUUCAUGGUUUUAUGGCUGAAGGGAGUGAAGUUUACAGUGACCACUGUGGAUAUGAGGAAGAAGCCAGCUGAGCUCAAAGACCUGGCCCCCGGGACCAACCCUCCUUUCCUCCUCUACAAUGGCACCCUCAAAACAGAUUUUAUCAAAAUUGAGGAAUUUCUUGAACAAACACUGGCCCCUCCCAGGUAUCCUCAUCUCAGCCCGCUAAACAAAGAGUCCUUUGACGUGGGUGCCGACAUUUUUGCAAAGUUCUCUGCUUUCAUCAAGAACAGUCCCAACAACGCCUUCCACGAGAAAAACCUGCUGCGGGAGUUCAAGCGUCUGGACAACUACCUGAUCUCGCCCGUCCCUGAGGAGGUCGACCACAACUCCAGAGAAACCAUCACCGUCUCCAAGAGGAAGUUUCUGGACAGCGACCGCCUCACCUUAGCUGACUGCAACCUGCUGCCCAAACUGCAUGUUAUCAGGGUUGCUGCCAAGAAGUACUGCGACUUUGACAUUCCCGCAGAGUUCACAGGUGUGUGGCGAUACCUUCAAAACGCCUUCCAGAGAGAGGAGUUCAAACAGACGUGUCCAGCCGACAUUGAGAUCGAGAAAACAUACUUCAGCGUGGCCAACAAGAGGAAAUAAAACCUUUUGGAUUUUCUGUAAUUAAUGUCCUGUUUUCACUCAAUGUAACUCUGCAUGAAAAUAUGGUGAUCUGCAGAGGGCGCUGUCACCUACAAGAAUAAACUGCUGCAAUGAAUCAGACAAAAUUCCCCUUAAAAAACCUUCACCUGUUGUUGCAGUAAGACUUUGGGACACGCUGAAGCAAAAUGUUUUAUUGGUUGUUUGUAUUGACUGAUUAUCCAUAGUCACUCACAGACAGAUGGUACCUUCAUGCCACGUUAAAAGGCCAAAUGUGCAAUUGAUAUUUUUGUUUAUAGUGUAAAUAGAUAUUUUUCCAGGUUUUUAUGAUCAAAACCCUCAUCAAUAUAUAUGUGAUUAUGUUAGUGUGAACAGCAGCUGCAGAAACGUUCACAAACAGUUAAUUUCCAUACCAAUCAUUAAAUACACUGCUGUAUCUGAUAUGAUUCAAUAUUCUCACUGUCACACUAAUAAAUAAUAUCAAAUU